AUGGAAGGUCUAUUUGAAAUACGUCUGCCCAGAGCCCAUUUGCCCGCUACUAUUCGACGAAUACAUGUUAGACCAGGCACCGAAGUAGAAAAGACACAGCCGUUGUGUACGUACGAACAUGAGGAAGUAGUUCAUCAACCGCAAUUUGAUGAAGAGCAUGGGACAGAGAGGCUAUUGCCUAUCGCAUCCAACUUUACAAAGGAAUUGAAAAGUCCUGUUGUAGGAGUGGUUGAUCAGAUAAUGGUUAAAGAGGGUGAAGUUAUUUAUUCUGAAGAUAUCGAUUUCACAGGAACAAGCGACACACAACGAGCAACAAUCGAACUUGCAAAUACAGCGGCUGGACUCACAGUGACGCGUGCGGAGGCUCAGCGUAUGGACAUGGAGACGGCGGAAAGAUUACAAAAAGAGAAAAAGCUAUCUCUGGUCGUUGACUUGGAUUUGACUAUAAUUCACGCGACGGUGGAUCCUACAGUUGGAGAAUGGAUGGAAGAUGAAAACAACGUAAAUCAUGCGGCUACGAAGGAUGUUCAUAAAAUUCAACUACCUGACUGUAAUGUAUUAUAUUAUGUCAAACUAAGACCUGGAUUAAUGGAUUUCUUGAACGAAGUACGCAAAAUGUAUGAACUUCACAUCUACACAAUGGGCACUCGUAACUAUGCAUUAGCAGUUGCUAAUAUAAUUGAUCCAGAUAAGAAAAUAUUCGGUGACCGAUUAAUAACAAGAGACGAAAAUGGAGGAAAUAUCAUUGAAAAGAAUAUAAAGCGACUGUUUCCGUGUGAUGAUUCCAUGGUCGUAGUAAUAGAUGAUCGAUUCGACUUAUGGAAAGGGGUUCCUAAUUUAAUCCAAGUUAGACCAUAUGAAUUUUUCCAAGGAGUAGGGGACAUCAACGCAUCAUUCUUUCCAAAACAGCUCAGACAUCCAUCACCGUCGCCUCUCCCAAACCAACCUCUCAAAAUCGAUAUUCCACCUAUUGAUACAUCCGAUUCAUCGGCCGGCUCCCUAUCCGACAAUUAUUCCUCCUCCGCUACCACGACUCCAAUAUCGACCCCAACUUUACCAUUUUCCUCGUCAGUACCGGAUAUUCUCAUCGAAGAACUCGAGCAGCAACAGCAAUUGGAAGAAUUUCAGCACGAGUUGGAAAACCAAUUUAUAACGCGUCCGCUUGCUCAGCUGGAGAAAAAGCAGGCAGAACAGCAGCAACAGACAAAUAAAGAAAAAGAAGAUCAGAUAACUAUAUCACAUGAAAAGAAUGGAAACAAUGAAAUGACAAGUAGCGCGCCAGCACGUUCGGUGUUGAAUGACAACGAUGAAGAACUAGGAAUAAUCUUGGAAAGGUUGAAAACGGUGCAUAAAAGGUACUAUGAUACGUUUGACGCAAAAACGGAAGAGAAUGAACAGCAGGAGGGAGAGCAGGCGAAGAGAGCUGAUGUUAAGGUCAUACUAAAUGAAAUGCGAUCGCAAGUACUCAAAGGAGUGAAAAUACUCUUUACUCGGUUGAUUCGAACAACUUUAAAUGAAAAACAAAGUGCUGACAUAUGGCGACGUGCAGAGUCAUUUGGUGCUGUUUGUACCGAAGAUUGGGAUGGAGUUACGCAUCUUGUGGCCGGAGACCCCGGCACAGAUAAAGUCAAGUUAGCAAGAAGGCGAUAUAAAAACAUCAAAAUAGUCGCCAAGGAAUGGCUAUUCGAUUCGCUCUCCUGCUGGCAACGGCAGCCGGAAGAACGCUACCUCAUACCUCCACCAUCGCCUUCAUUUAUAAUGUCCAGUUCUUCAUCCCCGUCAUCCUCCCCGCUUCCUUCCCUCCCUUCCGUUCCCAAUACCGAAUCGAAAGGCAAUGAUACAGAAACCGAUCACCCUAACGUUGCCGAUGAAGAAGAUGAAGGUAUGCUUACCGGUACUGACGACUCUGUGAGACCUCGGGUAGGGCUUGAUACAGUUUUCGAAACGUACAAGAAAACGAACUGGUCACAAGUGAUGCUGGAGGUUUUUGAUGAGGUUGGAGAGUCAGGAGACACUAGACUAAAGCGACAAGGAAUUAAUCUAACAUCCAAUUCCUCGGGCACGUAUCCUACUAAACGAAUGAAACACUCUCCGCUCCGUAAUCCAGUAACAUCUAUUCGCAAACUCAUGGGCCCAGUACGUAAACGUCGACGACAUUAUUCUGAUGAAAUAGGUGAGGAGCGGCUGUCUAGGGGUAUUCAUUCUGACGGCGAAGCUGAUGGGUAUGGCAGUGAUGGAGGAAACGAGAGUGAUGAAGGUAGCGAGUUUGAUGAUGAUGAUGACGAAAACAAUUACAGCGAGUUUAAUGAUAAUAAUGACGGUUAUGCGGAUGAGAAAAAGAGACGGAGAGCGGAUGACUUUGUAAUGAGUCAUAACAUUGAUGAUGGGAAUGGAAGUUCGAAUAAUAUGGAAGAGGACGUAGGAGACGAAGAAGACGACAUUGAGGAUUUUCUGGCUGCUGCUAUGAAGGAGGAGCCAUUCGAUGACUAUUCAAUAGGAAGUAACUAUAGCGAUGGAUACGGAGACGGAGCCGAGUAUGGAGAUUAUUAUGAAAGAGUGAGCGACUAG